AUGACUGCGCUGGCAUUGCCGCAUUUACCAAGCAAGAUGCUGCGCUACCUUGGCAAAUCUGCUCCACCCGUCCUUGCUCGUGCCGCCUCGUCGUGGACAGGCCCCGACGUUCCGACGAUCGACAUUCGCCCGCUGCUGAACCCGCAAGCGUCGACGGCGGCUCGUCAACCGGUGCUGCGCCGCAUGCAAACCGCGUGCUACGAAGACGGGUUCUUUGCGAUCCCAACGUCCGUGCUCCCGUGCGAUGAGCUCCUUCGCAAUGCCUACUCGAGCAUGGACGCGUUCCAUGCACUCGAGCCAUCCGUCAAGGCCAAGUACCACCUCCAGAAGGUGCCCAACGAGCGCGGCUGGACGCCACUACACCAAGAGCCCUCGCACUUUCCUGGCGUCGUUGCGCACCUUGAAGGCUACGAUGUUGCGCGAGAGCUACCGGCAAGCUACCUUGCCCUCGACGACGGGCUCGGCCCCAACGUGUGGCCCAACGACGAGCUGCCGUCGUUUCGACAUCACGUCACUGCCCUCUACGAUGCGCUCACCGUCGUUGCGGACGGGCUCUUUGAAGGCUUUGCCGAGAUGCUCCACCUCCCCCGCCACACCUUUCGCCAAUUCCACACUGCGGAGGCCCAAGCUGGCAUGCGUCUUUUGACGUACCCGGCCAACGACGCCCCCAUGGACGAGACGAACGUCGGUAUCGCCGAGCACACGGACUUCGAGUGUUUCACCCUUCUCCAUCAAACCAACUGGGGCCUUCAGCUCACGACUCGCCGCGGGACCGUCGUCAAUGUGCCCGUCGCCACCGACCAAUUCCUCGUGCUCAUCGGCGACGUCCUCGAGCGCUGGACGAACGGCGAGCUCGUCGCGACGCCGCAUCGAGUGCUCAACACGCCUGGGAAGCGCCAGUCCAUCGCGCGCUUCAAUGGCACGCAGCGGUCGACCGUGAUUGCGCCGCUGCCUGGUUUCGUGUCGAGUGGUCGCCCGGCGCGGUAUGCGCCCGUGACGCAGCGCCAGCACACGCUCAAUGCCAUCACGGGACCGUACACGUCGUCGUUAUCGGAGAAGAAUACAUUGGGAUAA